AUGUUUGGAGCGGCCGGCGCACCGCACGCUGAGAGCAUGGCACGGUGGGGGCCGGACCCAGAAAAGGGACACCGCGUGGGACGUCAAUCUUCACUGCAGCGACCGCCACCGAAUUCGGAUUUGCUCGCACCUUCUGCGGUCCCUCUUCCUCCCCUCACUUCUGCGCCGAGGACUGUGUCGCGGGAUCCGGCAGCGAGAUGUUUGGCCGCAGGAACAUGGCUCGAACAAAUGAUUUGUGGGAGGGGGAUGUGCACUGCGACGAGAAGGAAAAAAAUGUUGCGAGACGACCACCACGACAAGACCGGAGUGAAGUUGUGUUUUGUCCACUUGUGCGAGGGCAGCCUGCCACCUGGUCGGUUGGGAGGAUUAUUUUUUUUUUUUUUUGCGUCGUUGCGCUCUCUUUUUAUUCCGCUGCGUUUUCUUGCGGACCUGCGAAGGGAGAUUUGCAAGAAGUUCCUGCGAGGCGUCCGUGCCGUUGUCGGAAAGGCGGAUUCCCCCGAAAAACGCUACCUUUUAAAUUUGUUUUGGGCGGGGAGUUCCUGUCGAUUCAACGCGACUUUGUUCUGCGGAUUUGAUGCGUGUGUUUCCGAGCGGUUCGAUCUGUGCUCCCAGUCCACUCGGAUGUGGUGCGCGUCGACGUGA